AUGGCCGCCGGCGACUUCCAGUCGGGCUUUCAAUCCGACGCUGAUGAGGACUUUCCCCCAGCCACAAGCCUGCAUUCCUCCUACUCACGACAAUACCAGGCCUCUCGCCCGCUGAUUGAAUCUGCCCGGAAUGGAUGGCAGUCACAAGCUCGAACUAGUCAUCGACAUUCUAGUUCACCUUCGGGCGACACAGAGCUUCCAAAAUGGACGCAGAUGAUACAGUCAAUAGUAUCCGCGCCGCGAUUCCGGCGUUAUGCGUUGAUAUACCUCGCAUUCAUCAUCUUCGGAUGGCUAGGAUGGCGAAUCGUACUCUCGCCUCGCCUGCAGGAGAGGAAUUCUUUAUUGAACUCCCUUGACCCGAACUCAAGAACGGGCUCGGUUGGACGUUUUGGAGCGAAUUCGAUGCCUCAAUUCAACGAUCUGAUUCAGAUUCAAAAACUGAACCCGGACCUGGUACCUACUGAUCUGGAGGGUGCUGAUGCAGAGUCAAAUCAUAAGAGACGACUGGUCAUUGUGGGUGAUGUUCAUGGCUGUAAAGAAGAGUUAGAGCAACUUCUUGAGAAGGUGAAAUUCAACCACAAGGGUGGCGAUCAUUUAAUCUUCGUCGGCGAUAUGAUCAACAAGGGACCAGACAGCAUAGGAGUCGUGGAUCUCGCUCGGCAGUAUUCAGCCUCCAGUGUGCGCGGCAACCAUGAGGACAGGAUCCUCCUUCAUCGACGUGAGAUGGUCAGAACCAAGAGUCUUACCGAUUCAGAUGAUACGAAAGCUUCCCACCAUUCAUCCCGAGAACUGAGUGAGCGUGCGCUUGCGCGGUCCUUGAGUGACGAACAAGUACAAUGGCUUGAGAACUGCCCAGUGAUAUUGGAUGUUGGCCAAAUACCAAACAUGGGUCAAGUGGUUGUCGUUCAUGCAGGCCUGGUCCCUGAGAUUGCACUUGAAAAGCAGGAUCCAGUCAGCGUCAUGACCAUGAGAACAAUGGACCUUGAUACGCAUGUGCCUAGCUCGAAAAAGAAGGGAACAAACUGGGCAAAGAUGUUUGACAAACACCAAUCAGUACUGUACUCGGCGCUCGAAUCGACGAGCGAUAACCCACGUGCAAAAACAAUGACAGUCGUCUAUGGGCAUGACGCACAUUCCUCUCUCUCUAUCCGGACGUUCACCAAAGGCCUGGAUUCUGGCUGCGUGAAGGGUGGGAAAUUGACGGCUCUGGUCAUUGAAGAUGGCGGGAAACAGAAUAUUGUUCAAGUUUCUUGUCGUGGCUAUACCAAGGACUAG